AGUAAAUUUAUUGGACAGCGCACAUUCGUUUGGGUCCACUGAUUGCCCACGCGUUAUGACGCCAGAAUGUCCUUCCGGCCUUUUAUAAACAGAUAAAUAAAAUUCUAGAAAGUGCGAAUGGACCAAUUCUAAAGCCUAAAGCCUAUGGGAACGGCCCUCCUCCUCCUCCUCCAACAUCAUCAAUCUCUUCUUCGUCCCGCAUCCUCAUUCUCGUACGUAACCUCUUCAGGCAUAACAACCUCCGACGUCAGUAAUCCUCGUAUCAUCUAUCUCCUGCCGCCGCACCAAAAUGUUCUGCGACAGCAAUCCAUGAAAAAUCUGACCGUAAUAACGGCUGCCACCACCCAGCUCCAACCGAGAUUAUUUUGUGCAAUCAAUAGUGGAAAUAGUAACAACUCUGGCAUCCAGGAUACCAUGGCUGAUAAUUCUCAAUCAGUUAGCGGUACAUCGACGAUUUUGAACGGUGAAAAAGAAGAGGAGAAGAAGGAAUUGGAGAAGUCAACACCCCGAUAUAUUCCUCCGCCGCCGGAGAAGCCGUUGCCGGAUGACUGUUGUGGAAGCGGAUGUGUUAGGUGCGUGUGGGACAUCUACUACGAAGAGCUGGAGGCCUACAACAAGCUUUACAAAACCAGUCCUGAUUCCCCCAAUGCUUCUUCCGAACAGAGCUGAUGUUUUGAAUUAUUGCUGAUUCUUUAUGCUUCUGGGGCUUUUUUCUUCUUCUUCUUCUUUUUUUCCCCUCCACUGAUUGGUGAAGAAUUGACGAGCAAAUAUUUGAUUUUUUUUUAUAUAUUAAAAAAAAAGAGUUUGCUUUUCAUUUCCAUUUUUCUUUGGUGAUCUCCGAGAGAAUUAGUACACGUGGAAAGCGGAAACGUCAAAAGUUAAAAGACGGUCGAUUGAAAAAUUUCUUCAGCUUGUUGUAUUGUAUUGAAAAGGCUGGAUAGUGUCAUCAACUUCUAAUUGUAUUUGUACCAUCCAAUUUGUUGUUAA